AUGUCAGCCAACGACUACUACGGCGGCUCCCGCCGCAACAGCCACACCCCAGGCUCCCGCUCCUCAAAGACCUACCUCUCGACCCCUCUCGUAGACCAAGCAGGUUACUACCCCGAGCUCGACGUCCCCCUUGGCGAACGCCCCCGCUCCGCCAUGGCCAACCGCUCCAAAUUCGGCAACGGCUACCACUCCCGCUCCCGCAGCACCGGCGGCGGUCCUCCGGGCUCCGACGCCCAGCUCGGCACCGGCAAGGAGGGCGAGCGCGGCCUUCUCUCCACCAUCGGAGGCGGAGCCGCCGGCGGGUUCGCGGGCAAGAAGCUCCUCGGCGGCGGCAAGCUGGGCACCGCCGCCGGCGCUCUCGGAGGCGCCGUCAUCGCGAACAAGAUCGAGCACCGCAUCUCCGGGAGCCACCACCACAGCAGCAGCCACAGCAGCAGCCACAGCAGCAGCCAUCACUACGGCGCUCCCCCUCCUCCUCCCCCGCCUCCUUACCAUGCCCACCACCACCACCACCAUCACGGCCCGCCGCCGGCCCCUCCUCCUCACUACGGCCCUCCCCACCACGGCCCUCAUCACCACGGCGGCCCCCCACCGCAUCACGGCCGCCACCAAAGCUCCGGUGGCUUCGGAGGGAUGCUUGGCAAUCUGAUGCACAGGGGACACAAUGAGCCUCCCCACCACGGCGGCCACCAUGGCCAACACGGGGGUCAUCACGGAGAUGGUCACCACGGAGGUCACCAUGGAGGUCACCAUGGAGGUCAUGGCUGGUAA